UCUAAAAUGGCGAACAACAACAACAACACAUUCAGUUGUAUUAAAUGAAGUGUUUCGUUGUGUUUCAGUCAAACAAUGUGGGGUUUUGGCGACGUGAACUUAUCGUAUCCUGUCGGACUAUAGACGACUGAGUGUGGCAUCUAAAACUUGUAACAAUGAGUAAUCGCAGAAAGAAGGUCCCCCCUGUAAGGGUGGACGAGGCGGCAAAACAGAGGUUGAACUGGAAUAUGCUGGAGGAUCGAAAGAAUGAGGACAUCCAGGUGAUGCCAUCUUCCACCCUUCCCGUCCAUCUGUCUUUGGGCAUCUCUUUGGACGUCUUGCCGCCCCCGCCCCCCAUCGAACUCCCUGGAACAUCGACUAGCUGUCCCUCCACCUCCAUGACACUCGCAGUGCUGCCUGCCACCCAGCUUGACCUCAUUUGGAAAGCGCUCAUCGGGGAGUUCUACAUCCGGCCAGCCAGACUGCCGUCAGAGCAUCGACAAAGUGCGUUUACGCUUCGCAAGUUGGCUGACCGUCUCUGCAUCAGCUUUGGGAACACCGAGGAGCCCGACCCGGAUGACGACAACUGCGCAGUCGAAUGCAGCUUUGCUGUCAUCCUGCUGGAGGACCUGGACUGGCUUCAGAAGAGACGAGUGGUACAGCUCUGCCACCAGCAAGAAGAGCACUCCUUCAAGGUUGGGAUUUACCUGCUGGAAAGCGGACUCGGAAAGCCGGAGUUUCUCAGUGAGGGAAACGCUCGCUUGAAGAAAGCCAAUCAGCUCAUGCAGAAGAUGAUGGAGUAUUUUUAUGACUUCAUCAUUCCAGAAGUGGUGGACAAUGAGGAGGAGGAAUGUGAUACAGAUCUGGAGAGGCAGAACGUAGAAGAGCUUUAUGAAUACGUCCGGCGCGUACAUCAGACGGACGGCCGACGCGAAGGGACGUCUGAUGUCCAGCACCAAGCUUUAGUCCCUGUGCUUCGUCCAUAUCAGAGCCAGGCUGUCAACUGGAUGCUGAUGCGGGAGAAAUUCAGGAAUACGUCUUUGAAAGAACAAUCGCUGCAUUUCCUGUGGCGGGAGUUGGUCACUUUGUGCGGCAAGAAAUUGUUCUACAACCCUUUUACUGGCUGUUUAAUUCGCGAGUUUCCACUGGCUGGCGUGGAGCGGCCCGGCGGCAUUCUGGCUGACGAGAUGGGACUGGGGAAGACUGUGGAGGUUCUAGCCCUGAUUCUGUCCCACGGCCGACAGGACCUGGAGCAGCAGGCGCUCACUCUGCCUGUGGGGACGUCUGUGAAUUAUUUUGUGCCCCCGCCUCCGCUGGAGAGUGAAAAAGUCAUUCAGUGCAAGCCUGAAGCGCAGCCGAAGAUUAAGAUAUCUCACCCAGCUGUACGCGUAAUGCUGCUCACUGCCAUCAAGGAGAUGCGCUCGGGCAAAGGGGCCUCGGUCAACGCCGUGUUCACAUACAUCCGCGCCACCUACGGCUACGAUCUGCUGAAGAACCGCAGCCACAUUAAGAAGACGUUGGCCAAGCUGACGGAUGAGGGUCUGGUAGAGCAGGUGAAGGGCCGCGGUCUGGCUGGAUCAUUCCGUCUGGGCAAGAAGUACAAGGAUGCCAAGAAGACGCUUGCGGUGCCACCCAAAUCUAAUGUGAAAUACCCUGAGAGCUCGCCUAGAAAGACAUUCCAGAGACGUGCAAAGGAGAAGGCCGAGGCGGCUCUCCAAAACUCCCUUAGUGAAGAGUAUGGUGACGUUAACUUCCCGACGGUAACCCGGGACGGAAAGGCUGAAAGUGACGCCACGGGGGGCCACACUUCCAACUCUUGGGAGGAGCCAAGACCGGAGCCGGAGCCCCUCGUCCGGGCAUCGGUUGUGCCCUUCAAUGCGGCCGACUACCGCUUCGAGUGCAUUUGCGGCGAGCUGGGAGUGGUGGACUACAAGGCACGCGUGCAGUGCAUGAAGUGCCAACUGUGGCAGCACGCCAGCUGCGUCAACUACAAGGAAGAGAGUCUGGACACCACGCCAUUCUAUUGCCCUCAUUGCCUGGUGGCCAUGACGCCUGUCUCUACCGGGGCCACGCUCAUCAUCUCACCCAGUUCUAUUUGUCACCAGUGGGUAGAGGAGAUCAAUCGCCACGUCAGGUCCGCCUCACUGCGAGUGCUGGUGUACCAAGGCGUGAAGAAGCACGGCUUCAUCCAGCCACGCGUGCUGGCUGAGCAGGACGUAGUCAUCACCACGUACGAUGUGCUGCGCUCGGAGCUCAACUACGUGGAUAUCCCGCACAGCAACAGUCACGACGCCCGCCGCUUCCGCAACCAGAAACGCUACAUGGCCGUUCCUAGCCCCUUGGUGGCUGUUGAGUGGUGGCGCGUAUGUCUGGAUGAGGCGCAGAUGGUGGAGUGUCCCACCGCCAAAGCGGCAGAGAUGGCGCUGCGUCUCGCCUCGGUCAACCGGUGGUGUGUCAGUGGCACGCCAGUGCAGAGAGGCUUGGAAGACCUUUACGGACUGUUGCUCUUCUUGGGCGUGGAUCCAUACUGGGUGAAGCAUUGGUGGGACCAGUUGCUGUAUCGGCCAUACCGCCGUGGCAACACAGAGCCCCUCUAUGGCGUUGUGGCUCAGCUGUUGUGGCGCUCCGCCAAGAAAGAUGUCAUUGAUCAGAUCCAGAUCCCAGCUCAGACAGAGGAGGUGCACUGGCUGCAUUUCUCACCGGUGGAGGGCCACUUCUACCAUCGGCAGCACGAGGUAUGCUCUCAAGACGUUCUCCUCAAACUGCGCAAGCUCUCUGACUGGACCCUGAAACUGGGGAGCCUUGACCGCCGCACGGUGGCCACCAUCCUCUGCCCGCUACUCCGACUGCGCCAGGCCUGCUGCCAUCCGCAGGCGGUGCGUGGAGAGUUCCUGCCCCUGCAGAAGAGCACCAUGACGAUGGAGGAGCUCCUCAAGUCCCUGCAGAAGAAAUGUCGAGUGGAGUGCGAAGAGGCCCACAGACAAUUGGUGUGCGCUCUCAAUGGCUUGGCCGGAAUCCACAUCAUCCGAGAUGAGUUCGAGCAGGCGGCCGAAAUGUACAGAGAAGUGCUGCGGUCAUCAGAGGAGCACAAAGGCAGACUAAAGACUGAUUCAUUGCAGAGACUUCACGCCACUCACAAUCUGAUGGAGUUAUUGAAUGCAAAGCAUCCGGGAAUUCCUCCCACUCUACGAGAUGAUCGCCUCAGUGAAGAGGCUGAGCAGCUACGUCAGCACUACAUGACCAAGUACGAUUCAGAGGUUGCCGACGCCCAUCAAGCCCUGCAGCCGGUCUUGCAGAAUAUCAAAGAACUCAAGCGCAAAGUCAACCUUAGCUUGCCUUGGUGGGUGGAGGUCAUCCAGCGAGCGAUUCGUUGCUCCACCGACGACGACCUGGUGGGCCGCGUCAAGAACGAGUUGACAUCCAGCUAUAAACAGCAGGCUCACAAGCUCUCCAUGGCCGACAAGUUCCGUGAUGGCCACGGUCUGCUUUUCCUGCUUACCACGCAAAUGGAAGACCUGAUGAAAUCCCAAAACAUUGUCCGGGAGGCGGUGAAGAACCUGGAAGGUCCGGCCUCCCAGAAAGUGAUUGAUGAGGCCACCAUCUGUCACCUGAGGCCCAUGCGACUGCCGCUUAAUAACUGUGUUUUUUGCAAAGCCGAUGAGCUUUUCACUGACUACGAGUCCAAGCUCUUCUCACACACAGUGAAAGGCCAGACAGCCAUAUUUGAAGAGAUGAUCGAAGAUGAGGAAGGCCUGGUGGACGACCGCCUACCCACUACCAGCCGAGGCCUGUGGGCAGCAAGCGAGAUGGAGCGCACGCUCAAGGCCAUCUUGACCUUCGCGAAGGCUAAGCGCUUGGACGGCGAGCUGGUCGAGGAGGGCAACGCCUUCAUGGAGCUCUUUGAGACUUGGAAGAAGGAGUACAAGGUGCUGCAUGAGUACUGGAUGGUUCUGCGGAAUCACGUGUCCGCAAUUGACGAGCUGGGAAUGGCCACCGAGCGGCUUCGCGUGCGUCUUCCCGAUGAACCGAAGCCAAAACUGUUGCACAUCAUCGAACCGCACGAGGUGGACCAGAACCGAGUAAAACUUCUCAAUGACCAAGCAGUGGCCAAGUCUCAGUUGCAAAAGAAGCUCGGACAGUUUUUAUACCUGACAAAUCUGGAAAAGUCCCAGGACAAGUCCACCGGUGGUUUGAACCCAGAACCGUGUCCCAUUUGUGCUCGGCAACUUGGACAGGAGUGGGCGGUGCUGACGUGCGGCCACUGCUUCUGCAACCAGUGCAUCGCCAUCAUCCUGGAGCAGUACAGCGUGGGAUCCCGGCGGCGUGCCAUUAACUGUGCCAUUUGCAGGCAGACCACAUCCCAUGCUGAAAUCUCCUACGUCUUCACCACGCAGGUGUCCAGUCAAGACCAGGACAUUCCCGUUAAGCCUUAUUCAGGGAUGAAAGUGGGCCGGAACGAGCCAGAACGGAGUUCCGCCUUGAGUUUUUGAGGCAGAACUGCAGAACUUUGAUCCCGCAAAUAUGACGGCAACUGUUCAAACAGCAUGUUAAAAAAAAUCUGCUAGUUGCCACACAUGCAUCUCCAAGAAGAAACAUACACAAGUUUAACAACAUUCCUAAUAAAGUGCUUGUGUAACGUAAUCCGUUUCCACUGAUGUUUAUUGUGUAUUUGUUCGCGUGGCUCUCCCCAGCGGCUCCAUCUCUCUCAGUGUAUCUGACGGGUCGCAUCAGCCAGAGCUCUGAGCGCAGCAAAACACCCUGGUGUCAAUUGUCCCUUCAGUUGGCUGAUAGACUGAUAUGUGAUCAGUAUGGAUAGGUAGCUCUGAUUGGUUGUAAUGCACAUGUGUCCAAAAAAAAACAAAAAAAAAACUUGUUGAAUCAUUUGAAAUUGAAUGCGACAAAACAGGAUAAUGCAAUGGAAAAUUUAUGAUAUUUAAGAGAAAGGAGAGAGUUGAAGAGGAUGAUGAAAAGUGAUGGAAUAAAGUUUGUAAAACAACACCCAGGGAUGAUGAAGUAAUCCAGACUCACAGCAGAAACCCUGCUAAAAGAAACAGCAGGAAAAUGCAGGUACAGAUAAUGCUGCUAGCCAUACUGCCUACCCAUCUUUGUAGAAAAAAGGAGCAACAUGAACAGUUCAGACAAAAAAUGAAUGGCUGUAUGCUCAAAAUGGGUAUAUAGGCUGCUCCUACUGUCUUAACGUGAAGCAACUGGCAUACUUGGAUGCUUGGAGACCCAGUAUUGCUAAUCGAGGGAAGCCCAGCUUAAUUUACUGGCAAAAAAAUGAAGGAACACAGGGACUCCACUGCACAUGAAGAAGCAAUAAAAAUCACUGAGACUGCAAAUCAACUGCUCAGUUUGAAUGCCAGAAGUCAACAGUCUGCAUUUGAGAGUUCUCCCAGGAUAUUCAGGAAAACAUAUUAUUUUUACGUCAUCUUAAAAUAAUAAAAUUUGGAACCAGAAUCAGUUCCUCAUGUAUGCUUUUGUUACAGUUGUGUCAAAGUGUAAUGCAGUACUCUAGCCACUUUCACCGCUGGCCUAAUUGUACCUUUGUUUUUUGUGGUGCACAUUAUGGCGAAGCUUUAAAUCCUGUUGUACCCUGUAUAAUGA